GCUCAUCAAUUCGCCGCUUAUCGUAAAUCGGUCAUUUUCAAAAAAAAAAUCUUUUUAAGGCUUAAAUUGAGAAAAUAUUCAAUGUUUUAACUGUUUAGAUAGUAAAAUAAGUGUAAAUAAACCAUGAUUUUGUUAGAAAUAAAUAACCGAAACGUGGAGGAAACUCUUCUUUUGAAAUUUAAAAAUGCUUUGGCUGGAAACAAGCCUGAGUCUAUUGAUGUCACAGUUGCAGACUUCGAUGGCGUAUUAUUCCAUAUUUCUAACAUCAAAGGUGAAAAAACAAAAAUUAGAACAAGUAUAUCACUCAAGUUCUACAAGCAACUUCAAGAACACGGUGCAGAUGAAUUACUUAAGCGAGAAUAUGGCGAUUUGUUGAUUGAGCCAGAAGAUGGCUUUAAUGUUUCGGUACUCAUCGAUCUCGAUAACAUACCUGACAAUUACGAAGAAAUCGCACAAAAGAUUGGUUUAUUAAAGCGAAAUUGUUUUGCCAGUGUAUUCGAAAAAUAUUUUGACUUCCAAGAACAAGGGCUGGAGGGGGAAAAGCGCGCUGUCAUCAACUAUCGCAAUGAAGAAACUUUAUAUGUUGAGGCAAAGGCCGAUCGUGUAACGGUUGUGUUUAGUACGAUUUUCAAAGACGACGAUGAUGUUGUUUUGGGUAAAGUUUUUAUGCAAGAGCUUAGAGAAGGUCGACGAGCUUCGCAUACAGCGCCGCAAGUUCUCUUUUCUCAUCGCGAGCCUCCAAUGGAGCUUGCAAAUUCAGAUGCACGAGUGGGUGAUAACAUCGGUUAUGUUACAUUUGUUCUUUUUCCACGCCACACAAAUAAAGAAACUCGUGAUAACACAAUCAAUUUAAUUCACAUGUUUCGUGAUUACUUGCAUUAUCACAUCAAGUGUUCGAAAGCCUACAUCCAUUCAAGAAUGCGUGCAAAAACCUCAGAUUUUCUUAAAGUUCUUAAUCGUGCGAGACCAGAACCAAAAAUUAUUGAAAAGAAAACCAUCACGGGAAAAACAUUCAUAAGGAAAGAAUGAUCAAAGCAAAAAGCUGGCAACGAAUCAGCAAAUUAAAAGAAAUAUAAGGAAAGGAGGAAAAAGGAGAUGAAAAAAAAAAUAAACAAGUCCUUAAUGUUUAAAAAAAUUAAAAUUACGCUCUAUAAUAUGCUCAGUUCUGUUCAAUGGGAUAAUUUAAUAAUUUCUUUUAUAAAAAUCGUGUCGAUACUCCAAAGACGAGGAGGGUAGAUUGAUUUUUAUAGUAUAAAACCCAACGAACUCGAAAUUGUUUAAAAAAUCUAAGCCAAUGUAUAGAACACUAUUUCGUUUUUAUUCACGAAAUUAGAUAAGUACGUCAUGAAUCAUUCUUAUAUAACGUCUUUGCUUCUUCGAAUGCACCACAAAAAAUACUUAAUUUACAUGACUUCGAUUUUUAUGUUGGUUUGUGAAUUCCUUUUAAUGCUGAUGACUAAGCUGAUUUAUUUUGAUUUCCACACAAAUGAAAAAAAUAAAUUAAGUAGCAGUCAAAAGAUCAACCAAAAAACAAUAAGUUUUCGUAGAACUCGUCUCAAUAAUUACUAUGUUUUAUGACUUCAUAUAAUUUCAUCGCAGUCUGUUGUAUUCCACUAAAUUUGCUAAUCGUUAGCAAGAUUGUCAAUGACUAAAUAUAAUCCAGUUAUGUUUAUUUUUCGCUGGAAGAAAAACUUAUCAACAGAAGUAAAUUUUAACAGUUUUAAGGAUUAUUUUAUUUAAAUAGUCCGUGAGUCACGUAGCAUAUAAUGUAUGAAUUGAAAGAUCAAUCGGUUGAAUGUGUAAAACGUGACUUAUUGGAAUCGGAAGCGAAAAAAUUAUUCCAUGUUAUUCAGUUCGUUGAACUUUGAAAUGAAAUAUUUGAAAAAGUUUAACAUGAGCCUGACAGAUCUUUCGAACUUAUUUGUUCAACAUUACCAUUGUUUUUCAUGUUUAGUUCUUAGAUACAUUUUAAAACUUUCAUAAAGAUAGUUUUAACCAUCUCGCUAUUAAUUUUAUUCCUUAAACAUGUAAAGAAAAAAAAAUUGGGUCUAAUGUUCGAAGAUUGAAAAGGUUGAGUUUUAUAAUUCUCAAUUUAUUCGCUUAUUUAAUGAUUGAAUGUUAUUGAUCAAUUUCUAACAAGAUAAUAAUUAUUUGUUCCUUUAACCCUUCUUUUUCUAGAAAGUAAAUAAAUAUGAAAAACCAGAGUCCUGUUAUGAAUUAUUUGUGGUAAGAUAUACAACAAAAAAAGAAACAAUAUCCGUAGAGAAUUGACGUAAUAAAAAUAUAAGAUAGUAAA